UUGACUAGACAGUGACUAGUGAGUCUGUCGUCUGUGCUUAGUGCUUACUGCUUACAUGCUGCUUACUCACAAGUCACAGAUAUAUAAAAAUAUUUUUAUAUAUUAUUCGUGUGCUUACUGCAAUCACACUAUCACAGACUUCAAUACUUCUGUUACUACACACUAACUCACUACUCAGCAGAGCGGCUCUAUGGAUUAGUAUUUAGUGAUUGCUAUUUACUAUUAACCACGAUUUAAGAUACCUAUCUUAAAUCGUAUUAUUAACUUACCCUAAAUAAGCUAUUUCCCACGACGUAUUUUUUUUCUCUGAUAAUUUAGUUGUUAGAUGUAAAAAAUAUCGUCGGGACAUCACAUUAAAACCUUAAUUCAUUGACAAUACAUAUGAUAAUAUGCCUCGACUAUCUAAAGAAGAAAUUGCCAAGCAAUUUAUGCUUCCAGAGCGUAAAUCUAAAAUUGCGACUCUACUUAAACAAGAUGGACAAGCAUAUUGCAUUUGUCGAUCAUCAGAUAGUUCUAGAUUUAUGAUUGGMUGUGAUGCAUGUGAAGAUUGGUAUCAUGGUGAUUGUAUUGGAAUAACAAGAAAGCAGUCAAAACUCAUCAAACAUUAUUUUUGUGAUAAAUGUAAAUCAGAAGAUGCUUCGUUGAAAACUAUUUUCAAAACUUCAUUAAGUCGUAGUGAUUUUAAAGAAAAAAAUGAUCACUAUGUUGAGAGCAAACGAGAUAGUCGUGAAAAAUAUCGACCUAAACACAGAUCUUGCGGUCGUUGUGAAAAUUGUAAACGARUUGAAAAUUGUGGUUUAUGUUUGGGAUGUUCUGAAAUGCGAAGAUUUGGUGGUACAGAUUUAUGUGAAAAUAAAAUAUGUUUAAAUGUCAACAAACAAGAAAAUAGGCCUUUAUCCAAGUCAACUAAGAGAAAACGAAAGGAUUCCAGUUCUGAUGGUGAUCAUGUUAGUUUACCAUUGUUAAACCGUGAUCAUUGCUACGGUCCUGGAUGUACUCAAAUAGCAAGGUUUAAUUCCAAGUACUGUUCAGACAAAUGUGGUUUAAGUUUAGCUAAUGCUAGAAUUUUUCAUGUACUACCUCCAAGACUUCAAGAAUGGGCUUUAUCACCAUGUGUUGCAGAAGAAACAAAUAAAAGAAACCUAGAAGUAGUUAGAAAAGAACAACUAGAAGUUAGAGAUAUAUUGAAAGAAUUGGAUAAAAGACAUAAAGAGCUUGAUAAGUUAUUAGAAAAAGCAAAGUUGUUGUCUGUUGAUUUGAAUCAAGAAGUGCAAGAUAUUGACGAAGAAAUGAGUAUGCACUGUGUGACAUGUGGACAUGAAAUACACACAAGAACUGCUGUAAAGCAUAUGGAAAAAUGUUUUAAUAAGUAUGAGAGUCAGUCAUCAUUUGGUUCAAUUUACAAAACUAGAAUUGACGGAAACAAUAUGUUUUGUGAUUUUUAUAAUUCUUCACAAGGUACUUAUUGUAAAAGAUUAAGAGUUUUAUGCCCAGAGCAUUUUAAAGAUUCAACUGUCAUUAGCGAUACUGAGUUAAUGUUACAGUGGUUAAAAUUAGAUGAGUUAGUUGAGAAGGAAAGACAGAUACGUUAUAGAAUGUCUUCAAGAGCAGGAGUUUUAGCAUUAAUGCUACACUCUACUUAUGACCAUGAAUUGAUGGAACGUCUAUCUGCUGAAGCAAAGAAUUCUCAACAUCAACGUGAAAACAAUUCUUGUGUUUCUUCAAAAUCAACUAAUGUAUCUGAUGAAUAGGGUUCAAUGUGAAUUCAAAA